GCUCAACAACCUCAACCGGCUGGCGGUGAGGGUCGUUCAUCAAUCUUUGAUAUUUUCGGUUUAGGUGGCGGUGAAAGUGAUCCCUAUUUGGCACGCACCAAUUCGAAUUGUUUGAGCGGUGAUCUAUCGGAAUGUUUUAAAAAUCAAGCUUUAUCCAGCUUUGAUGAAAUCUUCUAUCGUAAUAGUUAUCCCAGUUUAACAGAAUUUGCCCGAAUUGUACGUUUGCCCGAGACGCAACAACGUUCCUUAUUGAGUGAACCAUUUGAAUAUUCUGAAGAACCACGCAAUGAUGAUAGCGAUUGGGAUCAAAUGGUGAAAUAUGCCUUGAGACGAGCUGAAAGAUUCAUUAAAUCCACUGCCUUGGAAGUAGAAGUACCAGAAGAACUAACAGAAGCUGGUCGUUAUGAAGCACGUUUCAUUGGCAAUGACAUUGAUAGUGAAUUGGAUAUUAUUGAAGAGAAACAUGCUUCAACAUUGAAACGCAAGAAGUUGAAGAAAUUGAUCAUCCCCCUGUUGUUGGUAUUGAAAAUCUUCAAGCUGAAAUUGUUGCUCUUCUUGCCUUUCAUUUUGGGCAUUGUUGGCCUUAAGAAAGUUCUCAGUUUGGCUGCCAUUAUUCUACCCGGUGUAUUUGCUUACUUCAAAUUCUGUCGUCCUCCUGGUGCUCAUCAAGGUGGUGGUCUAUUCUCUGGUUUAUUUGCUGGCAAGGAAUCAUUUACUCAAUAUUCGCCUCAGGGUGUUGGUCCAGCUACCUACUAUCAUCAUCAUGAUCAUUAUGAACAUGGUGGCUAUAGACCAGAACCACAAUUCUCUAAACCUUAUGGUGAUUAUUAUAGUAAAAAUUAUCAAGAUAGUGGUUCGGCUAAUACCGUUAGCUUUGGUAAUACUGCUCAAGAUGCUGCUUAUUCCGGUUAUUAUGGCAGAAGUACUGGCAAAGAUAUUGAAAGUACACAAAAGAGUUAAAUG